AUGCAGCCUCUGUUUGAGCCAAGACGAGGUGCUGUACCAGUUUUCGUUACGGGUGAAGUUGCUUCCAUUGAAACUCAGUACCGAGAUGGCUCGUUCCAGUUCACUACAUCGUGUAUGAUUAGAUUAGAUGAAACGGACAGUUUUAUCCUGGAUCUUGACAAGCAAUUAGCAAUGAAUCCGGCCUUGUUUACCGGAGAAAAGCAUAUCCCAGUGUCUCCUUUGUCACCGUCGGCGGCCAUGGGGAUUCCUGUCAAAGAAGGAUGGGAGUCAUGCUUUGGCUCAGCAUUCCCGAGCUUUUCGUCAUUCGCUAAUCAUGACAAUAUCAUGGCAACACUUAAGAUUACGCAUAUGCAGCCUUUUGCGUGCCUAGUGAGCGUCGAGAAUCAUUGGACACUCCGUGUGUCGUGGUUAUGUGUUGCUGAAGAAAUCGUUUUUUCCAUUUAUCUCUCAAAGGAAACAAGCAUCGGCAACAAAUACGAGGUAGCGUUUUGCCGUGAUUUUGGAGAUGAAAUGGUGUUCCAUCAGCUAGUGGAGUGCAUUCGUACUCGUUGUAGUGAAGUUGAUGCAGAACCGCUUUGUUUCGCCGAGCCGACAUUGGAGCCGUGGCUGGAUGCCAGCCAGGAGCUGAAAGGUCGUCGUUAUGCAAUAUGUGAUUACGAGGCAGCGCAGCUUAUUGAGGAGAUGAACUCUAAGCUUGAUAUUAAUACGCUGUAUGAGGUGGCUAAGAUGGUCAAGAAUCACUGCCGGCAUCACGGCAACCGCCGACUUUUUCUCGAAGCUGAUCGUGCCAGGUUUGUUUAA